CGCGCAUGCGCAUCCCGAGCGAGGCUGAUCGCCUAUUGAUUGAAAACAACGGGCUGUGGGAGGACGGACACGGGCGGCUGUGGGCUAACACGGGUGAGGGAAGGGACACAGAGCGGAGCUCGAGCCACGCUGCCAUCUUUGGUCUAUUCUGGACUUUGACACCUUCGUCCAUUUCGCUCUGGAAUGAAUGUGACUGCUGCUGCUGCUGCUCGAGGGAAGAAGGCGGCUCGUAUUCAGCCCGUGCUCGUCUAGAGAAGCUGCUCCGUCUUAAAUCCCAGCAGCAGCGAACCACAACAAACACAGCAGGGCUCGGACACUAACCUGUCAGGGGAAAUCAUGGAAGCCCCGCUGGUGUGUUUGGAUGAAGAGUUUGAGGAUCUCCGGCCGUGUCGCAUGGAUGAGCUGGACCAUCCGUCCCCGGAUCACUCCUCCUACUCCACCACCUCCACCACCGUCCCACUGGCCUCCAUCACCCGGGAAGAGUUCUCCGAGUUGGAGAACUUCUCCGAGAUGAUGAGCUUCAAGUCGAUGGAGGAUCUGGUCAACGAGUUUGACGAGAAGCUCAACGUCUGCUUCCACAACUACAACACCAAGACGGAGGUUCUGGCACCGAUACGCAAUCAGUCACACAACCAGGAGGAUGAGGAGCAGCUGCAGGAUGAAGAUGUGUGGGACGCUCUAACUGAUAACUACAUCUCCACUUGGGACGGCCCAGACUCUGAGGGACUCAACGGCAACCUUUCUGACCAGGAGAUCCAUGAAAAAGAUGAGGAGGAGAUGAAUGAGAAGAAUGACAACACCAAAUGCCUGAAUGACGACCCUCUUAUCACAGCUGAUCAGGUAAUUGAGGAGAUAGUGGAGAUGAUGGAGAAUUCUCCUGACCCUGGUGAGACUGAGGAAGAGGAUGAGGAGGAGAGCAGCCACUGCUCCUCCAGGACCAGUCCCUCCCUGCUGGAGGAGAUCAGGCAGCUGUCGCAGGCCUCAAAUAACAACUGCUCCUAUGAAGGCCUGGACCUGAUGCCCAGCUCAGCCCUGGUGGAGCUGCUGCACCGGGUGGAGGCCACCAUCCGCGAGUUCUCAGAGGAGCUGGUGAGCCAGCUGGCCCGGCGCGAGGAGCUGGAGUUUGAGAAGGAAGUGAAGAACACGUUCAUCACAGCCCUGAUGGAGGUGCAGAACAGGCAGAAGGAGCAGCAAGCGAGCAGCAAGCGCAGGCGCCGGGACAAAGCCAUGAGCCUGCAGGGGGGAGGCACGCAGCCCGUGAACGGGGGGAACACAACCUCCACAGGACGUACGGAGAAAACGGGGAGCAUGCCUGUCAAGCGUUUCAGCAUGGAAGGACUGUCCAGCAUCCUGCAGACAGGCAUCAGACAGACAUUUGGAAGCACAGGCAAUGACAAACAGUAUCUGAACACAGUUAUUCCAUAUGAGAAGAACGCCUCCCCUCCGUCUGUGGACGACCUGCAGAUGCUCACAAAAAUUCUUUAUGCCAUGAAGGAGGACAGUGAGAAGGUUCCCACACUGCUAACUGACUACAUACUGAAAGAGACGUAACAUGACCCUCCUCUGUUUCCUCCUCCAGUCUUGUGUCCCACCUAAAGCACUGGUGCGGGGCCGGUGGCCACAGUGUGACGGAGCGUCCUCCUCCUCCUCCAGCCGAGGGGCCUUAUAGUGACCCUCCUCUCACCUCUGGCCCGUGCUGCAUGACCCCUUUUAUCAUUAUCAACCAUGGAUCCUCACCAUCGACAUUAUCGUGUUCACCUCAACUACUCGACUACUGCCUUUUGCUGAGCUCACCUUCUUCUCCCCCCCCACCCUUUCCUACACAUUCAAGUUCAGGGCCAGACCCCAAAAUGGCCGCCGUCUAAACACUAAAAUGGGGGCCCAUCGCUGCCCAUUUUAAAGGACUUCACUAACGGAGCAUGACACGCUGUUACUGAUCGCAAGACCUCUUUGGUACAGGGAUAUGAUGUCAUCACUGCUUUUCUUUUCCCUUUUCCAUUUUCUCUUUUGUUUCUUCUAACAAGAGUUUCAGUGUUGCCAAGUCUUUUUCUCACCAAUCGACUGACCUCAUUACCACAGCCGAUCAUUGGUCAGCGAUUUAUGUUUCAGACGAAAAAACAAACAAAACACGCUCAAAGAAUUCAUUUGAAUACAAAAGCCAUGCACCUUUUUUCUGCCAACUUAGUACUGUAGCGCCAUGUUAAUACCAACGAACAACUAUUACGGGUGCAGUGCAUUACAAAGCUACUUUUUCUUUUUGUUUAUCUUUUUAACGUCUGAUAUCCAGUGCUCUUCUGAUUUUUGUAAAGUAAUUUUUCUUAUUUGUAUCUGAAUACUUGAUAUAAACUCUCUUGUUGUUGGUUUUUUUCGAUUUACUGCCACCAGAGGGACCGUCCUCUGUGUGUUCCAUCCUGUUCAGACACGCAGAGUAUGUGUAUUACUUGGAUUUAUCAUCCCCACAGUGAGACAGGCUCAUUCCAAUAAAGGCGUGCAUAUUUGCAUAUUGGCAUAUUUAUGACUUCCUUUGCGCCAUGUACGUGAAUGUUACAUCGCUAAUCGCAAGAUUCUAAUAAACGUUCUGCCCGA